AUGUUAUUAACAAAAUCAAAUCAUUCUCAAACUAUACCGAUGAAGAAACACGACGAAGAUGCAUUCUAUUCUAUUAGUUAUUUGAUUACACAAUUAUGUUUAUAUAAAAAUCAAUAUAUUCCAGUAUUUUAUGGUCGAUUUUCAGAUGUAAUCUUUCCCGUUACUGAAAAACCUAAUAGAAGAGAUGAAACGAUCGAAAAACCAAAAGAAAAAUUCUUAACAGAAAAAGCAAAUUUUAAAACAGCUCGUUUACAUCCGACUGCACCAAAAUCACGACCAAACGAAUCACAUAUACUCAAUUUUGAAAUCAUACCAUCACCAAAACAAUAUCAUCAAAAUCAAUUGAUAACAUUUGCAAAAGAAUCAAUAUCAAAACCUUGUUUAAAAACUCGAAUACCUUCAAAAGAUUUACCUAUGAAAACAACAUAUCGAAAAGUCUUCUUAACAAAAUCAUUCUUUAAGAAACUUCAAUAUGGAAUUGAGAAUCUUUCUCAAAAUGAAUAUUCAUCAUAUGAUAUAAAAUAUAAAGUUAUUCAUCGAUUAGUUCGUCUCUGUUCGAAAAUGAAUCUUAUUGAAUCGAUUUCUGAGUCAAUUCGAAAAUGUUUAUGUUCAAAUUUAUAUUCUCAAAUAUUUACAACAAUCGAAUCAACACAAAUUCGUUUUGCUCCCAAACAAUUAUUUUUCAUUUAUGAAUGUUCACAAUUUAUCAUUCGUCAUGAUUUUACCGAACAAGAUAAAUUCAUUAUAAUUCUAUGCCCAAUAAUGAUCUCAAAAACGAAAUUAAUCAUUGAACAAGUUCUUAAUUCAGACAAUUCUCCAUCUCAUGAUGAUAAAGGUCUUGCUCGACAAGCAUUAAGUUAUCAUCUUGAAUUACUUAAUUAUCUAUCAUUGACAUCGAUAGGUCGACAAGAAUUUCUUCAAAGUUCGAUAUCUAAAAUUGCAAUUGAUAUUUUAAAUACCGAAACAUUAUUAACAAUUGCAUGCAAUAAUGAAGAAUUCUUUCAUGCAAAUAUUCGAAUUAUUCUUUAUACUCUUCUUUUAUUAUGUAAUUUAGCUUAUGAAAAAACAAUAUUCAAAUUAUUAAAAAAUUCAAAUUUAAAGUAUAUAAAAACAUUAAAUGAAGCUAAAGGUUCUGCUAUUCAAUUUGCUUCUAAUGCAUUAUCAAUGAUUUUAAAUGAAGAAAAUAUUGAUGAAGAAUAUGAACCAAAGAAAUUAAAACAAGCUUAUUUUAAACAUAUUCAAGAUAAUCCACCAGAACCUAAACAUGUCAAUAUAACUGAUGGAGAAACUUACAAUAAUGAAAAUUUACAUGUAAAAUAUACUGUUCUAACACAAAAAGUUUUAGAUAAAUUAAUUGAUGAUAUAAAACAUAUCUUAGAAAAUUCAGAUGAUUUAAAUGAUAAUGAUUAUAAACGUGUAUCUCAACGAUUAAGAGCAUGUAUUAAACAGAAUACAUCACAAGUUGAAUGUCUUCUACAACCAGUUAUUAAUUGUUUAAUGUCACAAUUUUAUAUGAAUGUUUUUCAAAAUAUUGAAUUAUAUAAAGGAAAAUUACCAUCAAGUGUCAUCAGUAUCAAUCGUCCACUUGCAUUUAAAUGUUUAUUUUUUAUGCGUGAUUGUCCGGAAUUUCUUAUUGAACAUCAUUAUCUAGAAAAUAAUGAUGAAGAUAAAGUAUUGAUGAAAAUGAUGUUAAAUAAUACUAAAAUAAUAUUUGAACAACAUUUAUCUGUUAUUACUGAUGAAAUAGAAAUUCAUCGACCACGUCGUUUAUCAAUUAAUGGAAAAGCAGAAGGAAGAAUCGAAGCAUUAAGUUAUCAUAUAAAAUUAUUAAAUCAUUUUGCUAUGCAAAGAUCUUUUAGAGAAGAAUUUAAUAAUCAAUCAAUUGUUGAAAAUCUUAUCGAUGUUUUACAAAAUAAUAUUUUACUCGUUCAAAUUGAACAUUUAAAUAUAAAAACAAAUGAAUUUAUUAGACAAUCAUUAUAUCUAUUAAAUAAUCUUAUACUUGUUAAACAAAUUAUGGAAUUAAUGAAAAAGAAAAAUGUUAUUUUAACUUGUUUAAAAUUAUCUUUUAUUAAUGAUAAAAUAAUUCAAUUUAUUUCACAACUUAUUUUUAUUUCAUUAGAUAAAAAUUCUUCAGAGAAUUUACGAGAUAUACCAUUAUUAUCUAAAACAUAUAUUGAAUAUAUUAGAAAAUCAACAAAAGUACCAAAAUUAUCUUAUCAUUCUGUUAAAUUAAGUUGUUUAAUACGAAAUUUAAAUAUAAUUAUUUUACAAAAUGAAUUAUUUCGAGAUGCUUUUGUUGAAGAGAAAAAUAGUAUUUCAACAAUUGCUAAUUGUGUUUGUGCUUAUCAAGAAGAAGAUGAAAAUUCUCGAUUAAGACGAAAUAAAUCUUUAUGGAUUACCGAUAAAAUGAAACCAGAUGCUGAAGUUUUAGAAAAAAUUUAA